UUCUGGUCCUAUUUACUUUUACGGAAUCACUAAAUGUCAAUAAGGGGACCUCACGACCCAGGAGGCCCACUGUCGAAAUCCUCACGACAACAACCAAAGCACCGAAGGAUGAUAGCGGCGCUGCUCUUUAUAGAUUCAUUAAUCGGAAUACCGACGCUACAUGUAUUUUGCUGAAGACAGACGGCGUUGUUGAGGUUAACUUUCUACUUCAUGGACUGGAAGAACAAGCCGAUUCCUUUAUCCCAGAAAACGCUAUGGUUACUGGAAACUGUGCCAAAGAAGAUACUGUUAAGAUGAAUAUAGGAUGGACUGGUUAUAGUUUAGCGCUAACAUUUGAUAAGACUCCUGGUGGAGAUCACUGGUACUUGUCCAAUGUCGAACUAACAGUAAGCAUUAUCGAUAAUGAUAAAUUUAAUGGAAUCAAAACUCGAGAUAAUACUCUUAAACUCUACAGCAGUAAAAUGUUGAUACCCACCCCGGUGGGCAAAUCUUACUUGUGCCCUCGCGUGAGUAUUCCUUUGGAAACCGACGAGGCCGAUCAUCCUCCGAAAAAUGUGCAUGGAUCGCUACUCCUGAGGCUGCUUCAGGUCCGAGCUUUUAUAUCCGCGAUGAAAAUUUCUCUACGCCGUUCGAGUGUAAAUCUCAAAGGAGCUUUAGGCAAGAGUGAAACAGCACCAAUUGCAGUGGGCUCAACGCUAGCUAUACUGCUUUUAGCAACUGUCACAGGAUACGGAGUAUUUAGGUAUUUUAAAGUAAAAAAUGUCCAGUAUAACACCAUGGAAUAA